AUGGAAACAAUAUUUGAACAUAUAUUGCAUGAAGAGAGUGAGCGAUGUGUGAUAGGAUGUGGAGAUCCUAAUUAUGGCGUAGUGAAAGAAGUCUUUAAACACGAGGUAGAGUUAAUUAUAAGAAAUAUGAUGUGUGGGAAAGCGGCUGGACCGGAGGACUCGUACAAGCAUGCUACAAGUGUGGAUGGAAACAACUGGAGGAAGGUGACUGGUGUGAUAUGUGACAAAAGAGUGCCAACACAACUGAAAGGAAAGGUCUACAGAGUAGUAAGGCCAGCAAUGAUGUAUGGGUUGGAAGUAGCUACACUCACGCAAGUAAAAGAGAAGAAACUAGAUGUUAGAGAAAUGUAG